AGUCAAAUAUCUCCACAUACUUGGACUAUAAAUGACCUUCUUCAGGGCUUCUUAAUUAAAUUAAAUUUGUCCAAAUUAAAUACAUGGGUUCUCUCGAAGGCGGAGUUGCGGUGGUGGUGAAGACGACGGAGGUGGUGGCAGCAGUACUUCCGGUGACCGAGCACCGGCUCGCGAUGUCGAAUCUGGACCUGCUGCUGCCACCUUUGGACGUGGGAAUUUUUUUCUGUUACGAUGAUGGUGGGAAAAAUAAUGAGGUGAUGAUGAGCAUGGUGAAGAAAGGGCUGGGUCAAGCAUUGGUGUGUUUUCCGGUGCUUGCGGGAGAAGUGGUGCAGAAUAGUGAAGGAGAGCCUGAGAUGCUCUGCAAUAAUCGCGGUGUCGAUUUUGUUGAGGCUUUCGCGGAUGUGGAGCUUCGAGAGCUUGAUCUUUAUAAUCCUGAUGAGUCUGUAGAUGCCAAGUUUGUUCCUAUAAAAAAACAUGGAGUUAUUUCCAUACAGGUGACAGAAAUGCGCCACGGUGGUGUAGUGAUCGGCUGCAGCUUUGAUCAUCGAGUAGCUGACGCUCAUUCAAUCAACAAGUUUCUACUUGCAUGGGCAGAUAUGACAAGAUCAAACUACUCCAGGGCUGAUAAUAGUAUCGAACCAUUACUCUCCCCAGACGAAAGUUUAAUCAACAAAUUUAUCCCAUCUUACCGUCGCUCACUCAUCGUUCCCCGUGAGCCCGGCCGCCAUGACCCCGCCAUCGACAACAUGUACAUGCUCAUCAAAGAUAUAGCGUCCAAUGCCGCAGAGGGGCCACCAUCGUGCCAUCUCCAGAGCCGCAUUUACCAGAUCAGCGCGGAACAAAUUAAGCUCCUGCAGGCUCAAUCAGGCCUCAAACGGACCAAAUUCGAGUCGUUUAGUGCCUUGUUAUGGAAAUUACUAGCACAAGCCGCGAAAGAAGACAAGAAAAGAUGCAAACUAGGAAUUGUAGUCAAUGGAAGAAAUUGUUUAAGCAAAUCCGCAUCGAUGGAUAAUUACUUUGGAAAUGUACUAUCAGUCCCUUAUGGUGAUGCUAGUGUUGGUGAACUCAAGUCACUGCCACUUUCUGAAAUUGCAAAUUUAGUGCAUGCAUGCGUGGAGAGCGCGGUGACAGAGGAGCAUUUCAGGGGACUCGUCGAUUGGGUGGAGAAUCACCGGCCUCAGCCAGCAAUGUGCAGGAUUUAUUCAUGCCUGCCAAGUGACACUGAGGAGGUGGCUGUGGUGGUCUCCUCAGGACAGCGCUUUCCUGUGUCGAAAAUGGACUUUGGGUGGGGGCGGCCGUCUUUCGGGUCCUACCAUUUUCCUUGGGGAGGCACUACUGGUUAUGUUAUGCCAAUGCCCAGUGCUACAGAUGAUGGUGACUGGAUUGUGUAUAUGCAUCUUUUCCAGAGGCACCUGGAUUUUGUUGAGAAAGAGGCUCCUCAUAUCUUUAGACCUUUUGUUUACUAAUUCUAUAUCUACAGCUAGCCUUCUUAAAGAGUUUGAAUCAGUGUUUAAAUAGCAAUUGAACACAAAUUGUACAAAAAUAAAGUGGUGUUUUUUAAGCAUUAAUCCUUAAUUAUUUAAAACAAA